GCUGUAGCCAUAUAGCUGUAUGGCGCUGAAAACUGUAAACACAAACUUGUAAUUGUUGGAUAUAUUAAAGAAGAGGAUAUCUGAAGUAAUGUACCCUAUAAAGAAAAUAUCAAAGGAAGAUACUUGGAGAUCUGAUGACUUAAAAGUGCAUAUACAGGGUCACAAUGAGGAGAGCAGAAGAAAAGAGAGAUCAAAACAAGAUGGAGAAUCUCUGGAUCGGCAACAAAGAGAUCCUGAUCGAGAUGCAAGGAGAGAGAAAGAGAAACACAGAGACAGAGAGGGGAGUAAGCACAGAGACCCAGAAAAGGACAGACACCAAGACAACAGAACACAAGAAGACAGAGAGCAUCAAUAUAAGGAGAAAAGAAGAGAGCGAGAGAACAGACACAGAGAUGAAGAUAAAGAGAGAGAGGAAAAAAAACGCAAUCGAGGUGAGAAGGAAAGAGGGAGGGAUAGAGAGAAGGAAAGAUAUAAGGAACAGGACAUAGAGAUGUACAAACAGCAGGACAGAGAUACAGAGAGGGACAGAGAAAAAGAUAGAGAAAGGAGGAGGACUGAGAGAGAUAGGGAACGCAGGAGCGAAAGAGACAAGAGGAACGAGGAGAAAGCAGAAGUAAAAGAUCUUGGUGAGAGAUUACGAGACAAAGAACGGGAAAGAGAAGAAAGGAGAGAAAGACACAAAGCAAGAGAAAAUGAUCACAGGCAACAUAAAUAUGAGGAAAAACACAGAGAUGGAGAAAGAAGAGAGAGGCACGGAGAUAAAGAACACAAAGAAAGAGAACACAGAAGAGACAGAGAAGAUAAAGAGAGGAGAAGAAGGGAUAAAGAAAGCUAUGAAGCUGACAGACGUCACUCACAAGAAGCUGGCAUCAAAGAUGGGGAUAGGGACAGAGAAAAAGCCAGUGAGAGGGAAGAGAGACACAGACGGCGAGACAAAAGGCACAAGGAGACUUCAGAAUCUAAAAGGCAUGACAGCGAACGCAAACAUAAAGAAUCAUCAGGCCAUGAACAGAAUGAAAGGACAAUUAUAGAUAAAGAGGUGAAAAAUGUUCAAACUGAACAGGACAAACAGUCGAGCAAGGAUUAUCAUAAUGAUUAUGAAGAGGAUUUUGAGGACUAUGAGGAAGACUUUGAGGAUGUUGAUGAUGAAGAAGAGGAGAAAGGGAUAAUACAUGAUGAUACAGUAAAAGAAGACACAGAGUUAAGCCCCAGAAGAAGAGAAGAUAUUGAAGCCAUCCAGAGAGCCAUUCAUGAGGAGAAUGAGAGAAUUUACUCUACAAGAUCAAAGCCAACAAUCACAGCGUCAUCUGUCACUGAGCGAGAGAGUCUUUUUAACAGCGGCCCAAAACAUGGCAAAAUUAUUGAUUUUGUAUCUGCAAAACAGCGGGAGGUCAGCCUGAAGGUGGCCAAAAAACAAAAGAAGCGCAGCGAGGAACUUCUGCGUCUGAUUGAUUUGGACUUCUCCAUCACCUUCUCUCUUCUGGACCUGCCUCCUGUUAAUGAAUAUGACAUGUACAUCAAGAACUUUGGAACAGCCAACACAAAACAGGCUUACGUGCAGUGCAAUGAAGACAACACUGAUCGUGACAUACAAACAGAGGAAGUUGACAUGACAGACAAAUGGACACAACAUCCACCAGAAUCUAAGGCAGCAUGUGGAGGAUCUGAGGUUUCUCAAGAGACAGCUGAUGAGUCUACUGCAAGAAUGACUUUUGAUUCCCAACGUUUAACUACUUUUCUGCGUUCUGCCACACAGGUCAUGGCUGUUCUGAUAGAGGAGAAUAAUGCAGAGAGUAAUUCUCUCAGAAGACUUCGCUCUCAAACAGACGCAUUCUCUUUCAGUGAUGGCUGCCUUCAACUCAACACCAGACUGCCAUUUCUGCAUGGUCGGCAGGUGAGUCUGCUGCAGUUUUCACAAGUCCAGAGGCAGACGCUUCUCUCUGUUCAUCCUCCUGCCUCCAAAACAAGUGCUGUGCGAAUGGACAAUGAGACGGUCAUCUGCGUGUGGAACAUGUGGGAACCAUCUAGACCUCAGAAAAUUCUGCUGAAUGAGUCUGAGGUGAAAUGCUGUUGUUUCAGUCCUGGUAAAGCUGCUUUAGUGUUUGCUGGUACAGCAGUGGGCUCAGUCGGGGUCUGGGAUCUCAGAGAACAUUCUGGUACUCACAACAACCUCGUGGUCGGCACAGAGGAGUGGACACUACGCUACCCGACCUUCUCAACCGAUUGUGUGCUUUCAGGCAUGGGUCAUCUCUCUCCCGUGGUGUCUGUUGAACCUAUGCUGACAACUACUGAAACAAGUUUAAAGAGCUUAAUAACUGCAGAUAUAGAAGAGUCUUUGGGAAUGUCAUUCCAGUUAGCAUCUCUGGAUGAAAAUGGGUUGUUAGCUCUCUGGGUAGUGGUUGAGCUACCUAAAGGAAAUUAUUCUGGAUCUCAAACGGACCUUGGUCUUAGGCCUGGUGGCAAAGUUAAACUACUUCACAGCUCCUCUAUACAAACUACUGAAAGAUUAUCUCAAGACAUAAUGACAUGUGGACCUCCUGCGAGCCUUCAGCUCAAGUUCCUGCCUUCUGACUCUAGCCAUUACUUCAUCGGUACUAACAUGGGUCUGGUUAGGCAUGGCACGAGACAUAGAUUGAAAGUUCUUCCAAAGUACUACAGGUCACAGUUUGAUAGCUGUAGACCAGUUGAGGUCACAACACUUGACUUUAGUCCUUCAGGAGAGCCCCUUUUCUUGGCUGGCUGCAGUGAUGGUACACUUCGUCUACAUUCCGUCCUGAAAGACGAUCCAUUGAUGGAGUGGACAUGUUCUGGUGGUCCCCCUAUUCUCUCGGUGCAGUGGUCUCAGACACGGCCAGCCGUGUUCUUUGUUCUGGAUGCUGCAUCUGAUCUUCACAUCUGGGACUUAACAAAAAAUGAUUAUGUGCCAGUCAUCACUGAGAAUAUACACAAUGACCGGGUGACAGUCAUGGCUGUGUUUGGUGAGCCAGCCAAACAAAACACAUUUUCUGGGGUUGCGCUUGCCAAGCAGUCCGGCACGGUGGAGAUUCAGUAUUUUACAAGGUCACUCACAGUGCCUAAUGACUCUGACAAAGAAAAGCUUAAUUCUGUUUGGCAAGAUCUUUUUUGAUGUGAUACUGUAUAAUAUGAUUUCCAAAUCAAGCUGAUACUUGCUAAGCCAAGAUUCAAAUUAAUAUUCAAAUAAAUGCAUAAUGUGGACAUAAACUAAUGGGGGGGGGGGGGGGGGAAUAAAGAGAA